AGUACGCUGAACCAAAACAUUGCAGCUCUCAGCUCCUAUUGGCCGGGAAGAUGACAGACGGUUCAGUAAGUGGCGGUAAUGCAUCAGAAUUUGGCUUGCCAACCGCCAAUAAAUCUCACAAGAAGAAGAAGCGAAUGAGAAGAGGAGGGGCGCUGUCACGUGACGUCAUCUGGAAGUGGCGGUAGUUUCAGUAUGGCGGUUGUUGCUAAGGGCGUUCAUAGCAAUGGAUUUUACUGGGUUCAUGACAAAUCAGAUGAGGAGCAGCCCAUGGUUUCUGUUACAGGGAUGAAUCGAAACACAGGUUUAAAGUUUGGCUCAGCAAAUAAUACAGAGGGAAAGAUCAAAAGGAAAUCUAGCAGUUUACAUGUGUCAACGCAAAACUCGGAGACAGCCAUGGGAAAAUCUCCAGUUCAGAAGUCUAUCUCUACUGAAACCAAAUAUAAACUUAUUACACCUGCACAUGAACCAGCCCUGGCAUCCCUCACCUCAGGCCAGGUGCUCUCUACGGUUUCCCAAGCCAUGAGUAAGCCAUCACUGAAGGACCUUUGCCCAGAGGACAAGCGUCGGAUUGCUAAUCUAAUCCAGGAGCUGGCCAGAGUGAGUGAGGAGAAGGAGGAAUCUGUACAGAAACUCAAGGAUGAACAGGAGAACUUUGAGAAAAAAAUUCAUCAGCUGGAGCAACAAAACCAACUCAUAGUACAAGAAAGAGAAAGCCUGCAGCAGCAGUACAGAGAGUGUCAGGAGCUGCUGGGACUCUAUCAACAGUACCUUUCCCAACAGCAAGAGAAACUCAACAGGUCUAUCACCCUGCUCGAUCAGUCCUGCUCCCACAGCAAGGUACCAAGCAGCGAGGGGACGUCCAGGAGAUCUUGCUGUGGAGGUCAGGAAGGGAAUGCUUUAGGUGGCUCUUACUUGGACUUGACUUCUUUAGGAAGAAGGGCAGAUAGAGGUGGAUCAGUUGCCAGAACUUUCAAUGCUCCCACCAGCAGCUCUGACCACAACUGCGAAGUCCAUCACAGUCACAACCAUCAUGAAUGCUCUGAUAGGAGAGGCAGUGAUCCCAUGUGUAACAGGAAACCCUCGACCUGUGAAGCCCCGAGGCUAGAACCCAUGCCCUCUCAUCAGCACCACAGGGCGGAGAACGGCAGCUUGUGUGGCGCAGUACAAACCAAACAAGCGACCCCUUUAGGUCAGGAGAACUGGGAGGAGAAACGUCAUCAUCUGCUUCUGCAGAAGAAACAGCUGGAGAUGAAGAGAGAGCAAAUUCAAGCCAGAUUGGCUUUACAGGAAGAGAAACUUUUACUACAGAACCAACAGCUUCGCCAGUCUUACCUUCACUACAGCAAGCUUCAGCAAGAAACUGCAGCAGAUUUUGAGAAUCGUCAAAAUGGAACCAACUGUGUUGGUCAACAGUCGAGUUUUGUGGCGGACCGAGGGGCACUCAGCAGUGAAGUAAGAGAGGGAGAAUCACAAACUCUGCAGCAAAGUGUUCAACAACCUUCAAGUGAUAUCCGGUCACAAGAACUCGCAGCAAAUAUCCAGCAACCUGCACACAAGCGCUCACAUGAGAUCUCCAUUAACAGGAAGGAUAUGGCCACCUCUCCCGUGGUUCCUGAAUGCCUCCGGACAUCUGCUCUUCCCACAAUUCCUCCUCUUGGUCUUCCCAGCACUCCACAGGUCUCUAGGUUGGAUGACUCGUUGACUGAGCUGUUAGACAUUUUAAGCCCUGAAUCAAACCAAGAGAGGUACAGAAUCAACCCCUCAUCCCAGAAGAGUUUCAUUACUACGUCAUUCCUCCAGAGGAGCCUUCUGUCACCUCACGGCUCCAGCCGGACCUCGCUGCUUGACCCUGAGGAGAGUCAGAUUCUAGAAGACAUCUUUUUCAUCUGUUGAAGGUUUUUUGGUUCAUUUAUUAAAACUGCCCUUUUUUUGGCAAUGAGUGCCAGACAAGUGAAUUGGAGGAAGAAUCGUGGAUUAUAAAUUCUUCAUUAUAGUCUGGUGUGCAGUAGCUGCAUAUCAAACUCAAAGAUUUUUUAAAACCAUCACCUUAUGGCCUUCAGGAGUUAUCUUAUAGGACCUACAGAGAUUUCUCACCGUAAAAUUUAAUCCAGUGCCGUGACCGGUGGAUCCUAUUUUGCGAGUGGAUCCCAUUUUAACCAGACGUUACUCGAUAUUUCCAGUGAAGGGAUAGUUCACCCCAAAAUAAAAAUGGUGUCUUAUUUACACACAUUCAUGGUGUUCUAAGCCUGUAUGAGUUUUUUAUUCUGAUGAACACUAAAGAAGAUAUUUGAUAAAUGAUGGCACACAGUUGAAUGGUACCCAUUGAUUUCCAUAGUAGAAAAAACAAAUACUAUGGAAGUCAGUGGGUACCAUCAACAGACUAUAAUUUUUUAUAUCUUUGUGUUCAACAGCAUAAAAAAACUUGUGUAGGUUUAGAACAACAUGAGGGUAUUUUUAGGUGAACUAUCCCUUUAAGAGACUCUUUGUUAUGAAUGUGUCAUUGUUCGUUGUUGAGGUCUCUGACUGCAGUUUCGUAGUCAAUAGUGAGUGACGCUCAUGAUCUCCUGAAGGGUUAUUAAAGCGACUCGGGCAAGCUGUAGUUGCUUUACUGAUUUUAAUGGUUAAUGUGGUCUUAAUGCCUUUGUCACACAUCAGUCUUAAAACGUAUUGCCUCUUAAUCAUUUGUUUCAUAAAUUUUUUUGAAAAAUCAUGA